AUGAUUUCACUUCUCUUGAUUAAAGAUAUCUAGAUAGAUUAUCUAGAUACAUAUAAAAUAGUUCAAAAAACAUUCAGAGAAAUAAUUGUGGUUCAUAAUUUAAAAGAAGUUGAAACUGCUGAAAUCUUAUAACAUGUUUGGACAACCUAAGUUACAUAAAUUUAUUCUACAGGAGGUUCAAUCUAAAGGACCAAGGUUGUUGCAAUUAAUCCAAGAAAAAUGAAUUUUGCAAGAAAAACAUGUUUUAUGGUUUAAAACAUAAUAUACAAGACAUGUUUGUUUAGUUAGUGAUGAUAGCCAUAUUAGGUUUAGAUGGAAAUCCUUGGGUAUUUUCAUUAUUAAAAUAUUGGUUAAAAGCAGUUUUUGUUCCUGUUAAUAGAUAGUUUUCUGUCUGUGAAAAUAUCCUUUUAUACGCAACUAGUAAACUUACUCAAUAUUUUAAAGAGAAGUCAAUAUAAAAUUAAUAGACACUGAUAAUACAUUUGUUAAAAAAAUUGUUUAAAUGGAGGCUGACUUAUAGGAUGGAGAGUUAAAGAUCCCUUAAACAAAUAUAGAUUAAUCUGGUUUGAUAUUAGCAAGACCUGAUUCAUUUACUCCUGCUACUGAUAUUAUUGCUAAUGAUAAGUACAUUAUUUAUAUGGAUGUUUCAGGAAUUAGAGAAGAAGAUAUCUAAAUGUAUAGAUAAAAUGUAGUUACAAUUGUUAAGGGAAAUAGAAAAAAACCUUAUCCAGAAGAAUAAAGUGAUCAUAUUAAGAAAUAAGAGAGAAAAUAUUGA